UCCUGUAGUAAUAAUCACUUUCUCAGUUGUUCUUUGACUGCGUAGAAGCUGUUUCCUGACUUGCUCUCUGCUCCCCUGGCAGCUAGAGCCGGAGUCAUCUGUGAAGGCAGCAUGCACAAGACGGUGAGGGAUCACCUGCUCUCUGCCCUGGCUAACCUGGGAGAAGCUCAGCUGAAGAAUUUCAAAUCUAAACUGAAUGAAAUCCAGCUGGCGGAGGGAUACGAUAACAUCCCGAAGGGCGUGCUGGAGAAAGCAGAUCCCAUCGAGCUCACUGACAAGAUGAUCCAGAGUUACCAGGAGAUCUAUGCAGUGGAGGUGGCUGAGGAGGUGCUGAGAGCCAUCAACGAGAGCCAGCUGGCAUCAAGGCUUGCUACAAACACGAGAAUCGCUAGAGCAGGAGUCAUCUGUGAAGGCAGCAUGCACAAGACGGUGAGGGAUCACCUGCUCUCUGCCCUGGCUAACCUGGGAGAAGCUCAGCUGAAGAAUUUCAAAUCUAAACUGAAUGAAAUCCGACUGCAGAAGGGAUACGAUAACAUCCCGAAGGGCGUGCUGGAGAAAGCAGAUCCCAUCGAGCUCACUGACAAGAUGAUCCAGAGUUACCAGGAGACCUAUGCAGUGAUGGUGGCUGAGGAGGUGCUGAGAGCCAUCAACGAGAUCCAGCUGGCAUCAAGGCUUGCUACAAACACGAGAAUCGGUUCUGAGAGCUCUUCAAGCGAUGGCGACCUCAGAUAAUUUCUUUGCAUAAGCUGGGCUUCAUUACCUGCAAUACUCUGUGACUCAACAGCUACUUUCAACUUGCUUUCUAUUGUCAGUUACUGAGUUAAAUUCCUCUCCAGAAAUUUAUUCAUGAUUUACUCAUACAAUAAGAACAACAACAUUUCACACACCCCACCCUCCGCAUUCAAGUGAUUUGUAACCCAACCCCAG